CUGUCUGCAGUCUCUUGGUCAUCCCCUGUACUGUCUGCAGUCUCUUGGUCAUCCCCUGUACUGUCUGCAGUCUCUUGGUCAUCCCCUGUACUGUCUGCAGUCUCUUGGUCAUCCCCUGUACUGUCUGCAGUCUCUUGUCAUUACCUGUACUGUGUCCGCAGUCUCUGGUCAUCUCCUGUACUGUGUCCGCAGUCUCUGGUCAUCUCCUGUACUGUGUCUGCAGUCUCUGGUCAUCUCCUGUACUGUGUCUGCAGUCUCUGGUCAUCUCCUGUACUGUGUCUGCAGUCUCUGGUCAUCUCCUGUACUGUGUCUGCAAUUUCUUAUCAU